CUAAACGCUCGCUCUCGUUUACAAAACGCUUGCGCAUUUAGUUGGAGGCUUAAAGAUUUGAGCAACCCAAGAUUUCGAAGCCAGACCCGACUAUACAGCCGAUCAACAGUCACCGGAAUCGGUAACUCUAGAUAAGAGAAGAUGAAUGGAGAAGUCCCCAACAUAAAGAAAUGGGUGGUUUUCUAUCCUGUUUAUAUAAAUUCGAAGAAAACGGUAGCCGAGGGACGGAGAAUCAGCUUGGCUAAAGCAUGUGAAAAUCCCACAUGUGUUGAAAUUGCUGAUUGCUGCAACCAUCUCAAAGUACCAAAUGCCAUCGAGAUUGACAAGGCAUAUCCUCGCGAUUUCAUGCAAAGAGGGAGAGUGAGGGUUCAAUUGAAAAAGGAGGAUGGGACUUUAAGCAUUCCAUCCAUUCCUUCAAGGAAACAGCUGAUGCUCCAAGUUGCGGAGUUGGUACCUAAACAUCCGGGGAGGACUAAGAAGCAGGAAGCUCCAUCAACAUCGAGUACUUCCGGAUCUUCCAAGUCCGGGAAGGGUGGAAGAAAAAAGCGAUAGCUUUGUUACUCCCGAGACAACAGAAGGUCAUGGUUUUCCCGUGGAACAUUUUAAGUUUUUCCAUUGAGCUAAACAUCUAAGUGAGCUUCGGAGUAUAUGUUUACAGACGAAUUCCGUAGAUUCUUGAUAGGUUAAUUAUUGAACGCUUGAACAUUAUUGAACUUCAGGUUUUGGUUUAUCUAAUGCACCUCCCA